UGAAAGAGUAGAGCAGUCUGCAAGGAAACCAGAGAACAGAAGAUUGAUCCACCACAGACGAUCGCCGAUUAUUAUGAAUGUGCACACCUCAUCGAGGAUGCUUGCACCGUCCUGCUCAUGUCUGACUCUGCAGAGUCUUACACGUUGUAGAUCAGCUUUUAGGAUUCAGGCACUGCAAAAGCGGCAGCGGUAUUCUAGGCAGUACAGCCAAUGUGGAUCUGCCAAUGCCCGAGUGGACUCCCUAGAGCACGGUAGAUAUAUCGAUGAAGUUGCGACAUCGGUUCGGCCAGGAAGGAUAGGAAGUCUACUAAAGGUGUUGGAGGCACAAGGGCAGACAAUCGUGCCUCCAUUGGAUAAAAAAGGUUUACAACCUCUUCUGAUCCCAUUGGCGUGCCGUCCAUCUACUGCAGGCCCAGUAUACACUUGCUUCUUGAGAUGGCCAGACCUCUCCAGCACACGAGGCCUCCCCAUUGUGGAGACUUCUAGAGGGGCAAGGCAGGUGCAUAUGUUAGCAAGGAGCACUGACGAGUACAUCCAUAGAGCACUCUGUGAGGAGGAUGCCGCUGAAUCAUCAGACAGCCUGGCGUCUGCAGCAGGGCAGGAGGGGCGAGACCUUUAUGAACGGGGCGCUUUCCGCAGCUCUGGCUUAGGCAGCAUUGAUGCGUACCUUGUGAGGAAGGCAGGCAUGUACCCAGAUGUGGUGGAGCGGCUGGCCAUGAACCAUGUGCAGAAGGGCGACCAGAUGUCAGCCCUCAUCACUGCCGAGUGGUACACUAGCAAGAACCACUUCCCGGGCUGGGCGAGGCCAUUUGAGUUCAACGCUCAUCUGUACAACAGCAUAAGCCGCAACGAGGAGGCGCGAGAUGGGGCUCGCAUAGCGCUGCGGUUCCCCUGGUGGACGCUGUCGGGCGGCUUCCAUGAAACUGCAGCGCUGGCGCAGCUGCCAGACACUGCAGCUGAAGUUAGAAAAGCACUGGACAUGCAGAGCUCCAUAAACAAGGAGGGGAUUCCACCCGGAGUGGCUGCAGCGCGCAGCCCCAACCAGGUAGCCAUGGAUGAGGCGGACCAUCUGCUGAACUGCGUGGCGGCUGGGGAGGGCGACUGGGAUUCCGUCAGGCAGCCCCUAGCAGAGAAGUAUAGGGAAGCCGGGCUGUCUGCAGUUGCCGAUUUUGUGCUGGCGUAGACACUGUAGAAGUGGGCAGCGGAACAUUUUUGAAAGUUUUGUGCGCUGCAGGCAUUGGGUGUAAGAGUAUUUUGUGAUUACUCACGAGAUUUGGAACUCCUGCCUUCUCGGAAGCAAAAUAGAAAUCAUACAUGCACUCAGCUUAUGCAGGGGCCUGUCCUGACUCUAGCGUCGUCAGAACAACGCAGGCAGUACUGUUGAUCCAAGUGGUUGAUAGUGUACUGGAGCUAUAUCCGGUCCUCAGUCCUGCUGCAAACAAUUAGUCCUGGAAAUACUUCCUGGCAGACCUGCCUAGGUCUCUAGAUGAAGCUGGAGCGCCGGUGCAUCAGCCUGACUGGCCUUCCGAGGUUCAGCUGGCCUGCAGGGCUCCUUGCAUUUGUACAGCCCAUGCAUUGAGAUUGAUUCUAGCUGAUGAAAAAGCUAAGAUUCAUAAU